AUGGCGAUGAUGAUGACUGGCCGUGUGCUGCUGGUGUGUGCCCUCUGCGUGCUGUGGUGCUGUGCUGCGGUGGUGGUGUCGUCGGCGCCUGAUGCUACCCGUGCCCAAAGUGUUUGGCCUGAGUAUUUGUUCCUAAAUUGGCAUGAACUGUUGAGGAACGAAUGCGAGGUGGAAAAUCCGUAUGAGAAGAAUGUGGGUUUAAAAAAGUUAGCCGUGAAUUGUUGUGUGCAUGAUGCGAUGAAAAAGCUUUGCAGCGAUUUUUACGGUACGACUGUCAUGGAAAAUAAAGACCCCAAAGUUGACGGUAUCUGCAAAAAUUACGGUGGAGAAGCAGCUGAUGCCGAUAAAUGCUCAGAACUGGAAGCCAAACUGUCGUCUGCUGCGGCAGCUUCAGUGAAAGUAUCAGAUCGAGAAGCACCCGAAGACAAAGAAGUAUUGGGAAAAAAAUCGGAAGAGAAACCGAAAGCACCACCGGAAGAGGCACCGACACCACUAGCGGGAAGACCUCUGAGUGAUUUACCAGAAAAACCAACAAAAGUAUCACCAUCACCUCCACUGAAAGGACAACCCACCAACGCAGAGGAAGUGCCGGUGCCAAAUUCAGAGGAAGGCUCAGUGAACACGGAGCCCACAAAAGAUUCGGAAGAGGGGGACACUGACACAGACACAGACACCGAGCAGGAUGAACCAUCUAACAGUCAAGCCGAAUCAACCACACCAACACCCACGGUUGCCAGCGAUAAUGAUGAUAACGAAACGGACAAGAGCACUGGAGAAGAUACUCCGAACAAUGCACCGGAAUCCGAUGUUGCCAGGACAGAAGAAAACCAAGAUAAAAAUAAAGAUAAUAAACCGAAGGAAACACCGGUCGAAGUUGCGGGUAUAAAAACCGCCACGGUGACGUCUGGCGACGCUGACGGCAGCACCGCUGUCUCCCACAUCACCUCCCCUCUUUUUCUUCUUCUUGUUGUUGCGUGUGCGGCUGCUGCUGCGGUGGUGGCCGCGUGA